GACGUGGACAUGGCACAAGAGAAAAUGGACCUAGACUCGGAGCUGCUGCCGAGUUCAGCCACCACAGACGACUCGCUGAAACGAUCCAACAGCGCCCCUUUGAUCAGUGGGCUUGGUGAUAAUUCACAGGUAUUCCAAGCUGACACGUUAACAACUAGAAGAAAUAGCACAACGCUUAUGACCCAACAAUGUCUGGUCAAUGUGAAGCCACUGAAGAAUUCUAAGUCUGGGACUGACAUGACCAGAUUUGCAUCUUUGAAAGACUACCCUGGCUGCAAAGCGUUGUUGCCACCUUCUUCCGUUCCCAUUCCUAUUCAUGCUUCCUUUGGUCGCCUUCACCAAAUCAAACAGGAAGAAGGCAUGGAUUUAGUAAAUAGAGAAGCAAUGCAUGAAUGGGAGGUACAAACUACAAAACAGUUAAGUCAGUCUUGGGAAGAAAGCUUGAAACUGAGUGCCAGUGAUUUAGAGAAACCAUCUUCAAAGUGCAUUGGUUUAAUUCCAGUACCCCCAGCACCUUCUCCCACCAGGGGGAUUGGGAAGCAAUAUUUUUCUCCAUCGUUACAAACUUAUGUGAAUUACACCGCUCUGUCUCCAAGUCCUAGUCCCAGUCCUACGCAACAAUUUCCAAUAAGAAGAAAUCAAAGCCCCACCAACACUAUUAGACCAAGUAUCUUUGGAUCAUUAAAAAGAAAAGGUGAAAUGAUAGCUAAAGAUCCGCCUAAGAGAUUUUUCGAAGGCACGACCAACAUGCUUUCUCCCGAUACUACCCAACAGUCUGAUGUGAAUGUUUGGGAGAAGAGCUGGCUUAGUCAGAUAUGGAAUCUUCCCAGUCUGCUCAAGGCGUUGCCAAUCAAAUAG